AUCAAAAUCUCCCUCUCUUUCUCCGUAAACAAACAAUAGUUUUUACUGCAACGGAGAUGAUCGCUACUCUAAAAGCUGAAGAAGCGAGCCAGUUACAGCUGGUGGAGCGAGAAGAUAUUGAUGAUGAAGAGGAUUUGUUUGAAUCCAUCGACAAAUUGAUAUCUGCAGGUAUCAAUGCCGGAGACGUGAAGAAGCUUCAAGAUGCAGGGAUCUACACCUGUAACGGGUUGAUGAUGCACACUAAGAAGAACUUGACCGGAAUCAAAGGUUUAUCUGAAGCUAAGGUUGACAAGAUCCGUGAAGCAGCUGAGAAGAUAGUGAACUUUGGAUAUAUCACUGGAAGCGAUGCUUUGCUAAGAAGAAAAUCUGUUAUUCGCAUUACAACUGGAAGCCAAUCCCUAGAUGAACUCUUAGGAGGUGGCAUAGAAACAUCGGCUAUCACGGAAGCUUUUGGAGAAUUUAGGUCUGGAAAAACACAGCUGGCACAUACACUCUGCGUUUCUACACAGCUUCCUACAAACAUGAGAGGAGGGAAUGGGAAAGUUGCUUACAUUGAUACCGAGGGAACUUUCCGGCCUGAUCGAAUUAUACCAAUAGCAGAAAGAUUUGGGAUGGACCCAGCAGCAGUUCUUGACAAUAUUGUUUAUGCUCGUGCAUACACAUAUGAGCAUCAGUAUAAUCUACUUCUGGGUUUGGCAGCAAAAAUGUCUGGAGAACAAUUCAGACUUCUGAUUGUGGAUUCUGUCAUUGCUCUAUUUCGAGUAGAUUUCACCGGAAGAGGAGAACUAGCCGAGCGCCAGCAAAAAUUGGCUCAGAUGCUUUCCCGAUUGACAAAAAUAGCUGAAGAAUUCAACGUUGCAGUAUACAUGACCAACCAAGUUAUUGCCGAUCCUGGCGGUGGAGUAUUUAUAUCAGAUCCAAAGAAACCAGCCGGGGGUCAUGUGCUUGCUCAUGCGGCCACAAUAAGGUUGAUGUUCAGGAAAGGCAAAGGUGAACAGCGAGUCUGCAAGGUGUUUGAUGCCCCAAAUUUGCCCGAAGCUGAAGCAAUAUCCUUUUACCUCAAUUUCAGUGCAAAAUUUUUCUGAGUACCCUCAAAUCACUUAACUCCACAACUCCAUGUCGUUUGACCACGAUGAUCAGACUUCAAGUUACCAGCUCUUAAUCAAAGACUGCAUGAACUAAUUCGAUUAGAACUAAGACCAAAUAAUUUAAUCUAUUGGAUAUUACCUUUCAAACAUGACUGUAUGAAUCAAAUUAAAUCCCGGCAUCAGCAUGUAGCAAAUCUUAUCUAAGUACUGCAACUUUGUUGUUUGGUUAUCCUUGACGGAAGCAUGUCUUUCAGAUAACACCAGGGGGCAUUGCUGAUGCGAAGGACUGACUCCGAGGUGAGACCAAGAUUGGCAGAAAAAUGUAGGCCAAAGUAAUAUACUUUUUAAUUGACUGUUUAUAUUCCUCACCCUUAGAAUUUAAGCUGCAAAGUAAGGAUUUGCCUUCCCUUUUAUAUUUCCCUACCUAUAUGCUAAAUCCUUUCCCUUUUACAAAAGAAUGAAAAAAAAAAACAGAGUGAAUAUUAUGAGAGUUGCGUGCUAAUUUUAGCCUAUAAAAAUAAUGAAAAUUG